UCACAUGACAGAGACAGACGAAGUUUGUAAUUUUUGGAGACAGUGUGACAAUCACUAUCUCAUGAUUAUUUAAAAUUUUAAGUGUUCUUAAUUUCUUAUUUAGAGAUUCAACAGAAGAAAGGUCCAUCAAAAUGAAGAAAAAGGUCCUCUUAAUGGGAAAAAGCGGCUCUGGUAAAACCAGUAUGCGGUCAAUUAUAUUUGCAAAUUACAUUGCAAGAGAUACCCGCCGUUUAGGAGCCACUAUUGAUGUUGAGCAUUCACAUGUGCGCUUUUUGGGCAAUCUUGUUUUAAACUUAUGGGAUUGUGGUGGCCAAGAAGCUUUUAUGGAAAACUUCUUUGCCAGUCAAAGAGAUAAUAUCUUUCGAAAUGUAGAGGUACUUAUAUAUGUCUUUGACGUUGAAUCUCGUGAAUUAGAAAAAGACAUGCAUUAUUAUCAAUCCUGCCUAGAAGCUAUUUUACAAAGUUCUCCAGAAGCCAAAAUUUUUUGUUUAAUCCACAAAAUGGAUUUAGUUCAAGAAGAUCAAAGAGAUCUGAUUUUUCGGGAAAGAGAAAGGGAUUUGGAACGCUUGUCAAGACCUUUGGAGUGCACAUGUUUUCGUACUUCCAUUUGGGAUGAAACAUUAUAUGAAGCAUGGUCUUCAAUUGUGUACAAACUUAUACCUAAUGUUCAGCAACUACAGACCAAUUUAAAGCAGUUUGCAGAUAUUAUAGAAGCUGAUGAAGUACUUUUAUUUGAGCGAGCUACAUUUUUAGUUAUUGCUAGAGCUGAAAGAAAAGAACACAGUGACAUUCAUAGAUUUGAAAAAGUUUCAAAUAUCAUAAAACAGUUCAAGUUGAGUUGUAGUAAAAUUGCUGCCCAAUUUCAAAGUAUGCAAUUGUCCAAUGGCAAUUUUUCAGCUUACAUAGAUGUUUUUACUCCUAAUACUUAUGUGAUGGUUGUCAUAUCUGAUCCAAAUAUAACUCCUGCAAUCACUCUUCUCAACAUUAAAAAUGCUAGGAAGCACUUUGAAAAGUUGGAAGGUGUCAGGCAACCCCAACAACUUCUACCUAGUCAAUAAUAUUAAGAAGGAAAAAACUGUAAACAAUAUAUGUGUAUUUUUAAAGCAAUGUAAAUCAUUUAAAUGUUA